AUGAAAUCAGCAACUGCAAAGGUUCCCAACGGGCAUGGGAGCAUUUACAAGGAGGUUCGCUUUUCGCCAACGGCAACCCCCAUCCGCCGUGCACAGUCGGUCUCGACCAGCAACCCCGCCUCCAAGUUCGAUCACGGGCGGGUGCUUGGCAAAGAAGAAAGCAACCGAUUCUCUUACUCGGCUUUGAGUGCCGAUCACCUGGAGCAGGCCCGAUCGCUUGUCGACCGCCAAAGGGCGAGCUUCGAGAAUGAACGGGCACUUUUCGCGCAGGAGCGGCAAUUGUGGGAGAGGGAGCGGGCGCUAUUGAGACUAAGAAUAUCAGAACUAGAAGCGUUGUUGAAGAGCAAAGGAACCCCGAACGCUGGCCCUCCUGCUCCUGGCACCCUUGUCAAUUUCUCUUUGAAUCCCUUCGGUGGUCCGGUGUCCCCUAAUUUAUCAAAUGAGCGCCACCACAACCACAAUUAUAUGAGUGCUCAGGUGUGGGAGGGGCCCAGCCCUAUGAGUCGGCCCACAAGGGUUUUUCACGAUGUGGAAAAGACUGAUGGCCAGAACCACCUCGCGUCGAUCAUGGAGCAAGGGGCCCAUCUGCCAGUCACUGCGCCGUCCUUAGAUGCGGCGUUAUCCCCCCAGUCUCGUGCAGCCGAACUCUCUGCGUGUGCGAGUAUCCCCGUCCCAAUCGAGAAGCUUGACAGCAAGCUAGAUGGCAUUACGCUCAAGUCCACAGCGUUACCGCCGGAAGUCGUGGCCCGCGUGAUGACGCCGCCAUCGCCUUCGCCAGUGGAAGUAUCUCCAGAGCCGUCCGAUCAUCCGAAAACCUCUUCGGAACGUAAGAACAGCCUGAAGCUGAAACUGUCCGAGCUUGGGCCACCCGACGUGAAUCUAAUUAGGGAUGCUGGGCACACCCCUAUGGCGCUCAUUGAUGCCGAUGCGGACACAGAGCAGGCCUCGCUUAACGGUGACGUGAUCACCCAAGUCCAGGGCAAGGAAGAAGAGCCCUUGGCCCCUAGGGCAACGAUGGUCGGACAGCCUGCAGAAAAUAACAACUCCUACUUUCCGGACGUACCUGACGAUCCGGCCCUCAAGGGGCCGUUAUCCCUGCUGAAUGAAGAGGAGCAUGACAGCGAGUUCCUACAGGAGCUGGAUCUAAAGCUUCUCGACCAGGCCAGACGAGCCAUUGGUCACUCCUCUGAUCCCGACCCGGAGGACCAGGAGGUGGCAGAUGCAGACAUUACUAGCCAGGAUGAGUCGGUACCUGAAUUGAAAUUCAAAAACACGACCAAUUUCGGCACUGCGUUUGGGAUCUCGGACUUUGGAAAAGUUUGA